AUGGCUGACCCCGAUAGCAGCAUCAAAUCUAUUUUCAGUGGCAGAGUCAGCCCCAACGAAUCAGAUGACGAAUUUAGCUCCCAGAACAUUAAACAGAACAAGCUGCCUGCGUCAGCGUCAGUAUCUGCGUCAGGACGGUCAGAACACAUGCUCCCACUGGGCGAUUACGAAUCUCUAAACUCACAGAGCUUCCGAUACACUCCGCACAGCGAGGGCAACCUUGCAAGAAAUGAGUUAUUUACCACCAGCACCAACGCAUCGGUGGCUUCAUCCUGCAGCGACUACCAGCAUCCGUUUCUGAACGAUACAGAUGCGUUCAGCUUGGGGACCAACCAGGCGAUUCUUUCUGAGAGUUUUUCCAGACCAGCGUCUCGGAACUCCACAACAUCGUGUUUGUCAACAACUGCAACAAAAGAUGGCGUAGAAGGAAAGAAGAUCCAUCGACAUGGUCCUUCUCCGUACUUCUCCAACGUCAUCAACAACAUGGUCCAUCAGCAGCAGCAGCAACAAGGCGUAUCCGUGCAACCGGUGCCGCAAAGGGUUGCAAGCUUACAGGGCUCGCAAGAGGUGCCGAGGCCGCGGAAAGCCGACAUUGACGCGGUGGCUCAACCACCCGUCACGAUCCAGGAAAAGAUCGUUUUGAUGAAUACGUCCAAGUAG